ACUGAAGCACUGGAGUCGAUAUUUGCUUUGUUUAGUUCACUUUGCACUUUAAAACUCUUAAAUCAAAGCAGAGGCCGAGUGAUACUGUAUUGUUUGCUUUCAAUUACUCCUGUGUUAUUAGCUUUGUAGCUCUUUGUCUCCUGUUCAUCUGUUUAAGUUGUGAACAUAUUUAAUAUCUUUCUUGUAUUCUCGUCGUGGUGAGAUAUAAACAGCAUUUUUCCAGCUAUGGCAGCGAAGGGGGCUAAAGAGACUCUUGUGAAUAAACUGGGCUUUAAAAGCAGCAGCUCAAAGUCAGUGGAAAUAGAGAUGGAGAAACUGAAGAGAGAGAAUCACCAGCUGAAGAAAAGUCUGGAGGAAAUCAAGAGAAAUGGAAAACAGCAGCACACACAUUCAGACUCUGAUAAAGCCAAACUUCUCGAGAGGAUUUUGGCUCUGGAAACGUUGAGGGAGAAGAACUCUCAGCAGCUGCUGGGGAAAGACCAGGAGAUCUCCAGCCUCAGACAUCAGCUGCGAGCUGCACACGGGGAGAUGGUGUCCUCACUGAUGAACCAGCUGGAUCAGAAACAACAGGAGGCAGAGCAGAGAGAGAUACAGUUUCAGGUUCUCUCAAAGGAGACGGAGGACAUGAAAAACAAAUUUUGUGCAGUUUCUGAGAGUUGUGAUGCGCUGGAGAAACAGAAGUCCAAUUUACAGGUUCCAUCUGGAGAGCUUGCAGUGGUGCAGGAUCAGUUACGAGAUGCUCUGGAGAAAAACCAUAACUGGCUUGUUUAUGACCAGCAGCGGGAGGCCUAUGUUCAGGGGGUUCUGGCCAGGAUCAAGGAGCUGGAGACACAGUUAAAUGAAGCCAAUCAAGCACUUCAACUGUACAAAGAAGCUAAUUCAGAUGGCCAGUCCGGGCAGGCGGCCCAGCAUGAUUUGGAGACUGAACGGGCCCGGGCCAGCAGAAUCCAGGCAGAACUUGACAAUUUGAGAGGGAGGUACGAGGAGAAGAGCAGGGAGGCGACUCGGGCACGGGAGCAGCUGCUAGAGGACAGGAGAAGUGGACGGGAGGCUGUGCUUGAGGAGAGGAGUUGUUCAGUGGAGCGAAGCGCCCGACUGCAGAGUGAGCUGGAGACGGUCAAUUCCAGACUUGAAGAGGAGAGGAAGAGGGUGGCCGAGCUAAUGCUGCAGGUGAACCUACUGCAGAAAUCUCUGUUGACCCAGCAGGAAGAGCACAACAGAAUCACUCUACUGGAGCAACAGAUCCACUUGUCAGCUAGAGAGUCUGAAAAUGAAAAACUGGACCGACAAACUUUACAGCAACAACUGCACAAAGUUUUGAAAGAGCUGCGUAAAGCCAGAGACCAGAUUACACGAUUGGAGUCUUCUAAACAGCAGAGAGAGUCUAAUUUCUCAGAGCCUAGCACCUAUAACAGGACGGAUUUUGAGAGAUUGACUAUUCAAGAUCGAACUACGUCUCCACCUAAAGUCCAUAACAUACUGGAUGAGAGUAUCCUGGAGUGUCCAAAUUGUGGCGCUUCCUACCCUACCAGUCAACACAGAGAACUUCUCGCCCACCUGGACUACUGCUUCAGCUGAAACUCUCACAAAUACAACAGAAUUUGACCUGCUGCUUGCCACUGUAAAUAAAUAUUGUUUGCCUUUCUGUUUAAGCUAGUGUUAUUGUAGUCACCACUCCAAAGAAGUCUCUCAGUAUUCUAUAUUAUCUGGCACUUUAUUUUUUCCCCAGCCAAAUAAAUGGUGUUUUGAAUUCUUGAAUUUGAAAUGUUUGGAGGUGACUUUCUUAGGUAAUUCAUAAAAUGAUAUGUUUACACGGGGUAUAAUUUUAAAAAUGUUUUAUUUAUGAAUUCAAAUGGUAAUGUUAUUUUCUUAGUUCUCUUUUGGUAACAAGAAUGCUGUUUUCCGAGCAAUUCGCAAUCAUUUGUUGCCUUAAUAAUGAACUUUAAGACAAUAUUAAAUUUUACUUUCUUUUAUUGUAACUGAUUUUUAUCAUCAAUAUUGCACUUGCAAAAUAACCAGGAAUUGUGAAACCCUUUUAUACUGAAUUAUCUGCUUGAAUUAAUUAAAGGGAG